AUGGAAACUCUCUACCCCCCUCUCGAGCAGGCUCUGCCCUCGCACCAUGACCUCUUCUAUGAUGGCGCGUGGCAGGCGCCCCUCGCAGAAAGAUACCGUGAGACCCUCAAUCCGAGCACGGGCCAGCCUAUUGUUCAGGUUGCCGAAGCUGGCUUGCCCGAUGUCGAGAUGGCCGUAGAAGCGGCGCACCAGGCAUUUCUUUCGUGGCGCAAAACCACCAUUGCCGAGCGCCAGAGCUACCUGCGCCGUGCUGGGGCCAUCCUGCGUGAGCACGCAGCCGAGCUGGCCCUGGUCGACGCAAUGAACACGGGAAAUCCCGUGGCCGCGAUGCUCAUUGACGCCCAGCGGGCCGCGAAUAGUCUUGAUUACUUUGCCGGCCUGAUACCAAUGCUACGGGGAGAGGUCUUGCCGGGCCCUUUCCCCACCGAUGACUAUUUACAUUAUACCGUGCGCGAGCCGAUCGGUGUCGUAGCGCGCUUCGUUGCCUCGAACCAUCCUUUCAUGUUCGCUGGCUCGCGCAUGGCCUCCGCUAUUGCGGCCGGAAACACUGUCAUCAUCAAACCACCUGAACAGGCACCGCUAUCUUGUCUCCGUCUCGCAGAACUCUUGCAGGAUGUCUUUCCCCCAGGUGUUCUGAACAUUCUGCCUGGUGGACCGGAGUGUGGGCAAGCCCUCACCUCGCACCAACUUGUUAAAAAGGUUACUCUGAUUGGCAGCGUCGCCACGGGUAAAGCGAUCCAACGAAGUGCGGCGAACUCCAUGAAGCAGACUCACAUGGAAUUGGGCGGGAAGAACGCCUUGAUCGCCUUUCCCGAUGCAGACAUCGACCAUCUGGUUCAAUCGGUCGUGGCGGGCAUGAACUUCACCUGGGCCGGACAGAGCUGCGGAUCAACAUCGCGGGUCUUCCUUCACGACUCCAUCCAUGACCAGGUCCUCGCUAAAGUUGUAGAGUGUAUCCAACAAGAGUACCGUGCCGGCGACGCGACCGACCCAGCAACCACCAUGGGAUCACUAGUGAGCCAGGUGGCACAAGACCGGGUGCUCGGCUAUAUCGCCUCAGCCAAGGCGGAAGGUGCCCGGUUGGUGAUAGGUGGUGGCAGGCCACAUGAAUUAGUCGAUACUACGCUUGCGGGCGGGUUCUUUGUGGAGCCGACGGUCUUUGCAGAUGUGACGCCAGAUAUGACGAUCGCACGUGAAGAGAUCUUUGGUCCGGUCAUGUCUGUUCUCCGGUGGCGUGAGGAAGACGAGAUGAUUCGGAUUGUGAACUCUACCAAUUAUGGUCUGACGGGCUCGAUCUUCACUAAGGAUCUGGCGACGGCGCAACGUAUGAUUAAUCAAGUGGAAGCCGGUUUUGUUUGGGUGAAUGAUGUUUGUAAACACUUCCUUAAUGUUCCGUUUGGGGGCAUUAAGGAAUCAGGGAUCGGGCGGGAUGAGUGCCUGGAUGAGCUUCUGGCGUUUGUUACUACUAAGAGCGUCAACAUCAAGUUGCGAUGA